AUGUGGGAACUUUGUUCCGGCGCGAUGUAUCUGAGAUUUAUGAACGAAGGAUUGUAUGAAAAGUUGAAUAAAGACUAUGCUGGUAAGGUGUCCCUCUCUACGGAAGAAAUAGAAAAGGAUUUAAACAGAUCUCUCCCCGAGUAUUCUGCCUAUCAAACGGCAAAAGGGAUUGAUACCUUGAGACGUGUUCUAACUGCCUAUUCGUGGAAGGAUCCUGAAUUGGGUUAUUGUCAGGCAAUGAACAUAGUCACGUCCGCUAUAUUGAUGUGA